CUCUCGCGCAGCGCUCACAACGGCCUCGGCCACCUGCACGUCGCGUCAUGCGCUGAAGUCGCGAGUCAUGAUUCCCCCGAGCAUGACGGACGCGAUGGCUGCUUGUGAAGGUCAAUGCAUAUAAAAGCCAGCGCGUCGAGUAGCUGAGCUAUUGUCCAUCUCUCUUACCUCGUACUCUGUUUCCGCCACCUUGUCGCCUCCUUACACAUGACCACUCCGUCCGACCCCAUCACGUUCUACGGCUUCACCGCCGUUCCCCGCGACCCGGAAGUCCUCUUCAAGGACCAUCCCACAGCUAGCGGCGCGAACCCUAAGCAGGAGCUCUUCACCGCCGCCGACUUUCCUGCGCCAGAAUCCCCCGUUGUAGACGCAGUGGAAGCGUUCGUCAAGAAAGAACUCGAUCAGAACACCUACAACCACAGCCGGCGCGUCUACAUUUACGGCUCCGCCCUCGUCCGCACCCACUUCCCCUCCUGGUCCUACGACCCCGCCACCUACUACAUCACCUGCCUCCUCCACGACAUCGGCACCGCCGAGCGCUUCCUCUCCACCACCAAGCUCUCCUUCGAGUUCGCCGGCGCCAUCGUCGCGCGCGACCACCUCCUCGCGCACGGCGCGCCCGCGGACCAGGCGGAUAGCGUUGCGGACGCGAUUAUACGACAUCAGGAUAUCUUCGUGAAGGGCGGGAACAUCACCACCAUCGGCCAGGUCCUCCAGCUCGCCACCAUCCUCGACAACGUCGGCCUCCGCGCCAACCUCAUCCACCCACAGCUCAUCGAGAGCACCACCACCGCCUUCCCGCGCAACGGCUGGUCAGAGCACUUCGCCCACACCAUCGAGACCGAGCUCGCCCUCAAGCCCUGGUGCCACACCUCCACCUUCGAGGUUCCCGGCUGGAAGCAAGGCGUCCCAAGCAACUUCGCCCGCGACGUACGCAGCAACGAAGCCAUGAAGCCGUACGACGCAUGAUACUAUGAUAGUCAUAAUGGUAUCCAUUGUAGCGACAGUCGGGUAUAGUGACAAUG